AUGGCCGCCACUGCUUUGGCUGCGGGGGAUAAUGCGAAGACCGCAGCCCCCAAUGAUGAAUCGCUACGUGCUUUCCAUUUACUGGACGGUGAAAGCCAAGAGCGUUUGAUACGUAUCAAGAGCACUUACGACAACCUACUCCCAAUGGAAAAGCGUGCCUUUGUGGAGAUGCUCGGUCUGCCCAUCGAUGAGCGGGUCAUCGCGGCUCUUUUCGAGCCCCGUGAUAAGACGUACCUCCACAAGUUGUAUCAUAGCAACCGCUACGACGACGUCCGCCUUCGCGAUGUCAGCUACGUCACCCUCCGGCAAGGGCAGAAGCCGCUGCUUGAGUACCCGCCAGAUAAUACGAAACCCACCCUGGCAGCGCGCGAGGCGAUCGCCGCCGACGUCUUUGCCGUCUCGGACUCUGAAUUUCGUGGACUUCUCACCCCCGCCCUCUUCGGCGAGGGGGAGGUGCCUUUGCAGGUGAAGAAGGAGGCGCUUUACGACCGCCUCGGCAUGCUCAGAGGGGACGAGGAGGAUCUCCCCCCGCCAGGCGAGCAGGAGGAGGCCGAAGAGGUCCCCACCGAGAGCGCGAAAGAGGAAGAAAAGCGGAGUUCACACCCUCCCUCACAGCUGAGCUCGAACCCAUACUCACAGCGGCGCUCCACCGCCACCUCCAACGCUGCUCUUCCUCCUCACGCGAUUUAUCGAAGCAACGGGUAUCAAACGAUCCGCCUUGGCUACAGUUUUCCUGUGCAGCUCAACUUCAACCGUCGCGCGGAUGGCACCGGGGAGGAAAAGGGGAAGGACGACGAUGCGUGUGUCGAGGUAAUCAACCUCUCGGGGAUUCCGAUUUAUCGAAACCAGCUUCGGGAAUGGUUCGAUUCUCUGGGGCCGCGCCCCCUUCCCAAGGAGAACGGCGAGGAAGAGGAAGAGGAGACGGGGAAUCUCGACGCCACCGAGCACAGCGCCUCACAGGAAACCAACAAAGACGCCUAUUAUCUGGAUGUAAAGACCUUUCUUGAAUACAUGCGCUCGCUGGAUCGCGAUUUCGGCGCGACGGCCACCUACACGCAGCUCGAGAAGGAUUGCGUGGCGUUGGCAAAGGAUGGUGAUAAGCUAGGGUUCGAUGCCUUCGCAUACCUGAUGAUGCGCUUUGUGCGAGCCUAA